GCCAAUGUCCUUAAUCCCACUAACCCAACAACUGACCAAAAACCAUGAAAUCAGAGUAUGGAGAUUUCGUAUAGUAUAAUGGAUUCAGACCACUUAUUGAUAUUUACACUUGAUUAAAUAUGAAUGUAAAAUUAUUUUGUUGGAUAUGACAUUUCAGCCACUUUAAUGUAUCACACAAUAGAAUAUAGAGAGGCCAUCAAAGCAAGAAACCAAACUCUCAAAUCCUACAACUGACCCUGGAGGGGGAUCAACAUUCUUGUGUAUCCUUGCAUUUCAAGAAUCUUACUCAUUAGCCCCCAAAUGUCUGUCGGAUGUUUACAAAAACUUCAUUAACCAUAAGCCCCCAAAUGAUAACAAACCUUUAAACACAACAUCAAUUGUCCAGAUAAGAAUGACCAAACUGCUACUUUGGUGGUCAAAAGCAUGCACUGUUUAAUGAGCAAGUAUGAGAGUGAACUCACAACAGAGGGCUUUUGUACUAGGAAUCCCAAUUUCAACAUUUCUUCCUCAAAAGAAAGCCAGAUGUAAAACAUAGAGCUAGAGAACAAUGCAGGGAUUUCAAUAUUUAUUGCUUCACCUAUGCCUCAGUUUGGUUUGGCUCUGUGAGGGAAAAUCAAUAACUCAAGUCACUCAGCAAGAAGACAAGACGUUUGCUCAGAAUCUGGAGGAAGACCUAGAGGGGCAAGACAACUUGGAAAGCUUUUUUGAGCCUCUGAAAGAAGACUUUCUAAAGAUGCUGAACUUGUCAGGGGUUCCAGUGGAACAGAGGAAGGUUCAGCCUCCUCCAUUUAUGAUGGAGCUAUACAACAAAUAUGCUUCGGAUAUGUCCUUGGUUCCACAUUCUGAUGUCAUUCGUAGCUUUGUCAUACAGGAAGUGACCCAGUCAGUUAUCAGUGAGGAUAAAUCUUCACACAGGCUUCUAUUCAAUGUUUCAAUCCCCAGCUAUGAAGAAGUCACUGUGGUCCAGCUCCAGCUCUUCAUGCUGUGGCACAGAGGUCAAUCAGCCUGUGAUGACAGUUUUACUUCCAUUAACAUUUAUAAUGUAGUACACAUGAAAAACCAAGAAAUAUUACACCUACUGGACAGGAAGGACAUCAGUGACACAAAACACACAUGGGAGGCUUUUGAUGUAACAAGUGCCCUCCAGAGUUGGCUUCCUUCACAGCAUGGAGCAAGUGAAUUGGAGGUUGAGGUUCAAAGUCGGGGCUGUGGGUCAUUCCAAGGGGGAGGCUUCAAUAUCAGCCUGAAUUUGAAAGACAGCACCUCACCUGUUUUAAUCAUCUUUUCAAAUGACCUUGAGAACAAGAAAAGAAAAGCCAAAACUGAGGUACAUGAGAUGAUAACUCAUGAAGAAAAUAAGUUUUUAUUGAGCAUAAAGACCUUAGAAGACAGGGAGGUCCACCUGGAUCACCAUCAUAGAAGAAAGAGAAACGCACGUAAGAACUAUUGUCGGAGAACCUCACUUAAAGUGAAUUUCAAGGAUAUUGGAUGGGACAAGUGGAUUGUUGCACCUCCUGAAUACGAUGCCUAUGAAUGUAAAGGUGUGUGCAAUUUUCCUCUUACAGAUGAUGUAACCCCUUCAAAACAUGCCAUCAUUCAAACUUUGGUGAAUCUGAGUAAUCCAAAAAAGGCCAACAAAGCAUGUUGUGUUCCAACAAAGCUGGACCCCUUAACUGUCAUGUACCAAGAGAAUGGCAUUAUCACUGUAAGGCACCUUUAUGAGGAGAUGAAAGUGGCAAAAUGUGGCUGUAGGUAGUUAGAAAAAAGCUGACUGCAUAAUCAUACUGGUCAUGUCUUAGGAUUCAUUUCUUCGAACUAGUAUAUUAUGUGUAUGCUUGUAAUUUGUUUUUAUUGUAUUUAAUGGAGGUUUUAA